AUAAAAACUUCUUCCUGUUUUGAAAUGUUUGUUUAUCAUCUGCUAAAAAAAGAAAUGACCAGAUAUUUUAAGACUUAGAUAAACGAAGGUUGAUUAGUUUCUUUUUUCAGUAAUUACUUGACCGAUAAAGAACAGAAAUAUAUAAGAUUAUUAGUUUAAAUCAUUGAAGAUGGAUUUUGGCUCGUCUUUUGUGUAUGUUUAUGAUGAACCAGAAUAUGAGGUUGUAUCUGAUGAAGAGUAUGAUGAAGGAAUGCAAGUCAGUGAUGAAGAGUCAGAUGACGAAGAGGCUCUUGAAACAAUAGCAGAGAAAUCAACACUUAAUAAAAGAGGAGCAGACCCUUAUCUCGCAGUUGCAGUAGAUCCAAAUGUCGCAGAUGGAGUAGAUCCAAAUGUCGCAGAUGGAGUAGAUCCAAAUGUCACAGAUGGAGUAGAUCCCAAUGUCGCAGAUGGAGCAAGUGGGUCAAAUUUUACAGAUGCUAUCAUGGAGACUGAUAAACCAGAACCUUUUCCUCCAGCACCACCUGCUGUCGGAAUUUUAGGCGUAAGACCACCACCACCUCCAUUUAUACCAAGGAGGAACACCACUACUGAUAUACUGGAGCCAUCGGAACCGCCCAGAUUACCACAUUUUCAAAAGAAGAAGAAAGGUCACUGGAGAAAUGUCAAAUCACAUGAAGUGUAUAGUGCCCUACUACCUCCAAACCAGUCAGGAAGGAGAGAGAGAAGAGCUGAUACCAAUGUGGUCUCUAUCAAUUUCUCUAAGCUGAUAGCCCCUGGCCACAUGUUCACAGGGGACCCUUCUUACUGCCAAGAUUGUAAAGCUAUAUUGUCACAUGUUAGUAAAAUUACAAAAGAGGAUGAACAGCAGGUGUGGACAUGUGAGUUUUGUAAUAAAGUAAAUAAAAUUGAUAUAAUGGAAGAAGAAAUUCCUAAAGAAAGGGAUGUAACCUUUAUGUUAGAACCUGCUUUAUCCACAACAACAGCUGGGCCAUCAGGAACAGAUGAGUCUCUUGUUAUCUUUUGUAUUGAUACAUCAGGCAGUAUGUGUGUUACUACUGAGGUGCCUGGUAGAAUUAACUUCAGAGGAUCUCUUGCCUUGUCACGCAUACAGAGAACAAGAGAAGACCAAAGAGACCAAUACCUUCCUCAUCAGCGGCGAGAUGUGACUUUUGUGUCACGUCUUCAGGCUGCACAAGCUGCUGUUGAUCAUCAGUUAGAGGAAAUGUUGAAGGAACAUCCGAACAGGAGAGUGGCUCUGAUAGCAUUCAAUAAUGAGGUUACUGUAAUUGGUGAUGGAAAGGAUACUCCAGUAACUAUAGCAGGAAGUAAAUUAACCAAUAAAGAUGAGCUAAAGGAUAUUGGUAAAGAUCUAAAAAUGCCAGUGUCAAUCAAAGAUACUAGACGACAACUUGGUGAUCAGGUCUUUAGUUUGGAGGAAGGUGGAGCAACUGCAUUAGGGCCUACCCUUUUGAUUGCUGUUACCAUGGCAGCACAGCAUCCAGGGUCAAAGGUGAUUAUUUGUACAGAUGGUAUGGCGAAUGUUGGCAUGGGAAGAUUGGACAACGAUGAUGAAUUACAUGAAGGAGAGUUUUAUGAAGAAGUUGGAUUGGAUGCAGCUUCAAAAGGUGUGACAAUCUCAGUAAUCAGUAUUAAAGGAACUGAUUGUAAGUUAGUACAUCUGGGUAAACUAGCUGACACCACUGGUGGACAGGUAAACAUUGUUGAUCCAUUGAAGUUGACACAGGAAUUUUCUACCAUCUUGGCUGAUCGUAUCAUAGCAACCAAUGUAGUGGCUACCUUUUUGCUUCAUAAGCAAUUGUUUGUGCAGCAAGAUGAUAAAGAAGAAAGUAAAGUGGUCAGACAGAUAGGAAAUGUAACAGCAGAUACAGAAAUCACCUUUGAAUAUGGUAUCAGAACAGGUCAGACAAAAGAUAAAAACUCGACACCCAUGGAAACUGACAACAAAAAAGAAGAGUCAAAAGAUAAUGUGCCAGCCACUGAAGGUGCUAGUGCUCCCAAAGAACAAGAACCAAAGUUCAAGGUUGAAGUACCCGAUGAUUUACCCUUCCAGCUACAGAUAAAAUACACAGACACAGAAGGAGCAACAGCUCUGAGAGUAUUAACCCAGACUAAACCUAUAACAAGGGAUAGGAAAAAAGCUGAAGGAAGAACCAACGUUCAGGUAAUUGGAGCUCAUGUACAAAAAUCAACAGCCUCGUUAGCAUUAGAAGGAAGAUACACAGAUACAAGGUCAAAGGCUAUGAUGAACCAAAGACUCUUGUGGAGACAUAAAAAAUCAUGUCCUAAAGGAUCUGAAACAAGAUCAGAAGCAGGAGAAAUGUAUAAUAAUAUCUUCUCAACUGUGUCUAAACUGGAGAACAAAGUCAAUGUAGCACAGAAGAAAGAGGUGGCAUUAUUUGGUCGUACUAGAAGUGAUUCAGAGGGAUCAGAUGAUGAGAACCCAGUACCAAGCUCCAGUAUGUCAGCUCCUCCUGCUUCUCUUAAAUCUAAAGGAUUCUUCAAAGCCAAAAAGAAAAAGGCUAUGAGAUCUAGAGAUAUGUCAGAUUCAUUCUCAGUUGAAUUAUACCAGCAAAAAGUAAAGAAACCACAGUUUAAACCCAGUAAAAAGGAGGACUCUGAUAGUGAUGAGGAGAUAUAAAAAAAACAACAUUGAACUUAUAAUCGAUGGAAAGACACAAUGGAAUAUAUUGUACAUUGUAACUGCAUGUUUUGAUGCACAAGAACACUGGAAAUAUUUUUUCCCUUGUUGAAAUUGAUUGAAUU